CAGUUGGCUUUCGUCGUGUUUGGUUCGCCCCUGGAGGAAGCGCUCUGAGCCUUGAAUAAAACCAAAACCAAAACAAACCCAAUCGCAAAAUCCUCAGAAACACACUCGAAUUGAAUAAAGAGUUUUGACUAGUGGUGCUUACCCCUUCCAAAAAAUAAAAUCGCUUUUGAAAGUGUGCCAAAUCGCGUUCGCAACUGGGUUAUUGAAACUCAAAACUGUGCGUACACAAACAAAUCCCCAUCUCAAGUGAACUGUGUGUGAGCUGCCUAGCAACAAAAAACCCGCCAAAAAUUCAGACAAGUGUCAAAACGUUGCAGCGAACCCAAACCGCAAACCGCAAUCCGCACAAGUGUUACAAGUGUGUUCAGUGCUAAGGAUACCAGCGAGUCGAGUUGCAUCUUAAGCUGCAACUUUGAUAUCGUAGCAUUUUGGCAGCGCCUGCUUCAGUUCAAUUGUCUGGUCUUCGGGCGAACACCUCACUCCACGCAGGCCGUCAAAAAAACUGCCAAAAUUCCGAAGAAUCCGAGGAAAACACCAAAAACAUCGACACGUACCGCAUCGGCAACCGGUGGCGGUGGGGGAGGUGCUGGCGGAGGCGCCACCACCAGCACGAAAAUGGCAUCUAAAAGAAAAGCCUCGGUGUUGCUGCACAAGGAAACCAUUCCGGCAACACCGGUCGUGAGCACCGACACCACCGCCAGCGUGGUGGGUGUGGGCGUGGGAGGCGUCGCCGGCGGAGGGUCAGGAGGAGCUAGUGCGGGCGGAGGAGCGGGCGGCACCGGCGGACUCCUGGGCGAGGUGGUCAGCGGACUGGGCGGUGGCCUGGUCAGCGAAUCCGAAGCCUACGCCGGCCUGAUGAAGGACGCCGACAAGCUGAAGCUGAUGCUGCUGGCCUGGAACUACCAGAACUCGACGGCGGUGCGCAACGGGACCGAGGGUCCCGAUCUCAGUGUGGUGGGCGGUCUGUGGGCCCAGUACCAGAACGCUCUGGCCCAGAAUGCGGCUGCAGCGGCGGCGGCAAGCGGCAAGAUGGACAGCUCGCUGUCGCCGGUGCCGCGGCAGGAUGCCCACUCGCCCAUGGAGACGCAGGACGAGACCAAUUCGUCUGGGCAGAAAGAGGAGGACGAGGUCUCCGAGGACGACUCCGACGACAAGCUGGACGAGAAGCUGGCCACCACACACGAUCCUGAGCGGCUCAAAGCCUUCAAUAUGUUCGUGCGACUGUUUGUCGAUGAGAAUCUCGAUCGCAUCAUCCCCAUCUCGAAGCAGCCGAAGGAAAAGAUCCAGGCCAUCAUCGACUCGUGCGCCCGGCAGUUCCCGGAGUUCAGCGACCGAUCCCGCAAACGAAUACGCACCUAUUUGAAGUCCUGCCGGCGCAACAAGAAGACCCGCGAUGGUUGGGAGAAUACGACCCGACCCACUCCCGCUCAUCUGACGUCCGUGCAGGCGGAGCAAAUCCUGGCCAUCGCCUGCGAGAACGAAUCGAUGAACGCCAAGCGGAUGCGCAUCGGCCUGGAGCCCAUCACGCACGCAGUUCCCGCUCCUGGAAGCGCGGUGGCAGCAGCAGCUGCUGCAGCGGCGGCCGCAGCGGUGGUGGCUGCCACCAGUUCGGGAGCCGGGGGCACCAGCACCACGACCGCCGGAAAUGCCACCGCCACCUGCGGCAUGGGCGGAGUGGCGGAUGCCAGCGGACUGACCAGCGUGGCGGCAGCCGCCCUUCCGUUCGUCAGCGCCGUCGGCUUCGCCCGCUCCACGCCCAACUCGGAGCACGCCGAUGUCCUGCCCUUCGGUGGGGCAGUGGGCACUGUGGGCGGCAGUGGUGGGGGUGGUGCCGCCGGCGGAGGCGGUGGUGGGAUGAGCUCGGCGCGCAGCUCUCCCCUGGCCCUCAGCUCGAAUGCCAGCGUGAGCGGGGGAGCCAGCGUCACCGGCUUGGCCCUGGCCAAUGGAGCAGGCGCCUCCAACGGGGCCGGACUGCCGGCCAGCAGUCCCUACACCACGGACUUUAGCUCUCCCUCGACGGCCUCGCCUUUUGUCGCUGCGGCUGCGGCCGUAGCCGCCGGCCGGGCUCCCAGCUAUCCCGGCUACUUUCCCGGAGUUGCUGGCCUGGGAAAUGUUACGCCCACCGAUCUCUCGAUGAAGCCGACCAGCGGCCUGGGCGGCAACAUGGUGAACAACAACAACAGCAACAGCUCAGUCGGCGGCAACAUCAACUCUCAGCUGAGUGCCGCCAAUUUGGCCAGCUUGAGUAAUGCGAACAACAACAAUGCACUGGUCACAGCCACGCAGCAGUUGCAGCAGCUGCAGCAACAACAGCAGCAACAGCAGCAGCAGCAACAGCAGCAGCAGCAACAACAGCAGCAGCAACAACUCCUGGUGGCCGGCGGUGGGGGGAUGGACGGUCAGUCCGUCCGACAGCCGCCCAUCCUGCCGCACAAGCUGAGCGCCAACGAGGUGACCGCCGCCCGGCAGGUGAUAUCCGCUUACCGCGAAAGCGCCGCCUUCCUGCUCCGAACCGCCGACCAGGUGGAGCAACUGCUCGUCCAGCAGCAGUAGGCGUGGCCCGA